AUGACCAACCUACGAAAAACUCACCCCCUUGCAAAAAUCGUUAACCACUCCUUUAUUGACCUCCCUGCACCCUCCAACAUUUCAGCUUGAUGAAAUUUUGGGUCUCUCUUAGGAAUUUGUCUAAUCAUCCAAAUCCUUACAGGACUAUUCCUAGCUAUACACUACACAUCAGACACACUAACAGCUUUCUCAUCAGUCGCCCACAUCUGUCGAGAUGUAAACUAUGGUUGACUAAUUCGCAACCUACACGCAAAUGGAGCAUCUAUAUUCUUCAUAUGCCUAUUCCUCCACGUAGGGCGGGGAAUCUACUACGGAUCCUACCUAUUCAAAGAAACCUGAAACAUCGGAGUAAUCCUUCUCCUAACAGUCAUAGCAACCGCAUUUGUCGGGUAUGUUCUCCCAUGAGGACAAAUAUCAUUCUGAGGGGCCACCGUUAUCACCAACCUCUUAUCAGCUAUCCCUUACAUCGGCACAACCCUGGUUGAAUGAAUCUGAGGUGGUUUUUCCGUAGAUAAAGCCACAUUAACCCGAUUCUUUGCCUUCCACUUUAUUCUACCCUUCAUUAUCCUAGCUUUAGUCAUCGUCCACCUAUUAUUCCUCCACGAAACAGGCUCCAGCAACCCAACAGGAAUUAACCCUGACUCAGAUAAAAUUCCUUUCCACCCCUACUACACCAUUAAAGACAUCCUAGGACUUAUCCUUAUAAUCCUUACCCUCCUAUCAUUAGCCCUAUUUUCUCCAGACAUACUAGGAGACCCAGACAACUUUACACCGGCCAACCCACUAAACACCCCACCUCACAUUAAACCAGAAUGAUAUUUCCUUUUCGCAUACGCUAUCCUCCGAUCAAUCCCUAAUAAACUAGGAGGAGUUCUAGCACUACUAGCAUCUAUCCUCGUCCUACUAGUAAUCCCCUUCCUCCACACGUCUAAACAACGAAGCCUUAUAUUCCGACCAAUUUCACAAACCCUAUUUUGAAUCCUUACAGCCAACCUGCUAAUCCUCACAUGAAUUGGAGGUCAACCUGUAGAACAACCAUUCAUCAUCAUUGGCCAAGUAGCCUCAAUCUCAUACUUUACUACCAUCCUCAUCCUCAUACCACUAGCAGGACUAUUCGAAAACUAUAUGCUCCAACCCAAAUACCCCUAA